UCAAUAACUUGCUAGGUAAGUAAAGACGUAAUAAAAACAAAAAGGGAUGACAGCUAUUUCCCUACUAAUAUCACUGAAGAUAUUAUUUCCCCUAAAUUCUGAUACCGUCAUUCAAUGGCGAAUCUGUUGACAUCAGCCAUGGCUAACUCUACUUAUGAGAGAAGAAAGCCUUUGGUUUCGGAUGAGUAAGAGUGUGAGUGAGGAUAGAGACUGUAGCUGUAUCUCUACACUCUGGAUCGAAACCAUUGUAUCCCAAUCGAGCCUCUCUAAAUAUAUCUUGGGUCGGAGGGAGGGAGGGAGCGAUGGAGGAGGUGAAAUGGGCUAUCUUGUGCACGGUAGUGGCGGUGGGGGGAGUAGGGUUGUACUGGAUCCUCUAUGUCUUCGGAGCUGCGGAACAGCGGGGAAAACACGCCGUGGAGCUUGGCGGCGGAUCCCUCUCCCGCGAUGAAGUUGCAGACAACUACAAGCAAUAUUCCACUUUCUUCCAGAAGCCCAAGGAGAUCGAGAAGGCAGAGAAUGUGCCCAAGCUGGUGGACACAUUUUACAAUCUUGUGACGGACAUUUAUGAGUGGGGGUGGGGGCAGAGCUUCCAUUUCUCCCCUGCCGUGCCGGGCAAGUCCCACAAGGAGGAGACGCGCCUGCACGAGGAGAGAGUUGCAGAUCUGCUCCGCAUUAAGGCCGGAGACAAACUUCUCGACGCCGGCUGCGGCGUAGGAGGCCCCAUGCGCGCCAUUGCCGCUCAUUCUGGCGCCAAUGUUGUCGGAAUCACCAUUAAUGACUACCAGGUGGAGCGAGCCCGCAGCCACAACAAGAAAGCUGGCUUGGAUGGCCUUUGUGAGGUAGUGUGCGGCAACUUCCUUCACAUGCCCUUCACUGAUGAGUCUUUUGACGGUGCGUACUCCAUCGAGGCCACAUGUCAUGCCCCACAGUUGGAGGAAGUGUACGCUGAAAUCUACAGGGUGUUAAAGCCAGGACACUUGUAUGUCACCUAUGAGUGGGUCACUACCCCCAAAUUUAACCCUGACAAUGCUGAGCAUGUCGAGAUCAUCCACGGUAUCGAGCAUGGCGAUGCUCUGCCUGGGCUGAGAAAUUACAAGCAGGUGGUUGACAUUGCCAAAAGUGUGGGUUUUGACGUCUUGGAAGAGAAGGACCUGGCGCUGCCCCCUGCACACCCCUGGUGGUCACGCCUCAAAAUGGGCAGGUUUGCUUAUUACAGAAAUCAUAUAGUCAUUACAUUGCUGUCUUUUCUAGGCAUUGCUCCACAGGGGGUAGUGGAUGUGCAUGAAAUGCUCUUCAAGACAGCUGAUUUUCUCGCCAGAGGUGGUGAUACUGGCAUUUUUACGCCCAUGCAUCUGAUGAUCUGCCGGAAGCCAGACUCAAAGCCCAACACUAUGUGAUUGAACUAGGGUUCCAUGUGUCAAACCAAAUCCUAUAUCCUUAAUGAGGGUUUGCAUAGGCCUGGUUAUGUAUCUGACCAGGGUUGCACUAGACUGGUGCAUCAAAUCUCAGUGUUGUUGCCGAUGAUUCAUGACUACCGGAAUUGUUUUUGUUUCGUUGUUUUAUUUUUAAUUUAAAAGCAUGGUAGAGUUUUUUGUAUGACAGUUUUUAGACUUGAUCCGGUUUGGGGUUUGCUACUCAUGUCUGUUCUUUUAUGGAGAAAUAGUGAGCCUUGCAAAAAUGCUUCAGUGAAGCGUAGACAACGCCGGCUGUUUUCCUUCUUUCAUUUGUAAAGGCUGUGGGAUAUUAAAUUAUGAUCAAAGGUGAGGAAUUGAAUGUUCUCACUCUGGCUGUAAUUCUAACUAAAUUUCUUUUUUAGAUAAGUAUUGCUUGUUUGAUUUGCA